CUAUGCUGAUGAGGAGACAUGGGCCUCGUAAAGUGCCUGGCGAUGUCACUCGUUCUAGGAAGUCUGCGAUGGAUGAGGAACCGCGUACACAUACGCCAUCGACACUCACGACCUCUUCCGAGACCACGGCUAUUUCUGGUAGAUCUAGUGGAAGCGAUAGGACUUUAAGGCGGGAUACGUUUCCUUCCACAGAGUCGAAGCCCGAGAUGCCUUCACAGGACCAAAAGCAUCAGCAGCCAACUAGUGAAGGAACUGGCGAGCAGUGGACACCUCCCUCUCCGAAACCCUCUGAGAACCUUGAACAUCAAGGCCAGCCAUAUCAGCAUGUUCCUACAGCACAAUGGUUUGGUCCGCCGACGCCAGAGAGUGUCGGUAGAUCAAAAGCCGAUGGCUUUGCUUCCUUACCUUCGCCUCGAUCUAUGCGCUCAGCAUACGGUUCACCCGAUGCUUCAGAUCCUCCACCGCCCCGACCUAUCAUGCCUCCGCCUCAAAACAGUGGUUGGGCAGGUCAGCAAGGCGAUGAUGCCUGGACCCACGGAGCAGGUCGGCCUACACCCACUCCGAUCCGCACAGGUGUAUCUCUUUUCCAACAGCCAAGAAAUCAAGUUGCAUAUCCUGGAAUGAGCAUCAGAGCAGGUUCACUGCCUCAGAGCCCUCAAUCCAACAUCAGGCUCGAGGAUCAAGUAGAAGCUUUUCACGAACACAUUGCAUCCCAACAGAGACCCAUAGGCCCCAGCUUUGGUGGUCCCGCUCCAAUGUCAGGACCAUACCGGCAGCACGCACAGAUGUACCCCACUAGCCCGCAGAUGCAACGAGCAAGUUUCUCCCAUGACAACGGUCAAUUCCUGCGAUCAGUACCGCCUCCACAAGCCGGCAUACCAUCGUCUGCCCCUCCAGCUCCAAGCUUUCCAGAUCUCAAGAAGACCACGCUGGAAGGCUACGAAUUUCUAGCAGCCAAGCUGACAGAUGGGACCACUGGAGCGAGACCAAUGUACCGCAGUUUCGAGCAUCUACAUCAUCGAUUGCUCCUAUACCUACAGGACGAGAUUUGCGAAUACGAAGAAGAACUUCGCAACCUAGACGAAUGGAUAUCCCAAAUCGGACUCGUGGUUUCCGAGGGAAAGUCGAAGCCUGCAUCAAGGCGAGCAGAAGCACGGAUUACACCUGCAGACAGCGAGCUGAUGUUUAGGAGAAAGUUUGUGUUGGGUGAAAUCUUCGUCAAGCUGGAAAGAUAUCGUAAGCGUGUGUUGAUGCCGCAAGGAGCAGAGAUAGCGCGUUAUCGCGAGUGGAUGAGUGCACAUCGCCCUGUCAAUAUGACAGAAGCAACGUUUCUCAAGCACGAUAAAGAUCUGUUCGUGCUUCCUCGAAGGAGAGUCGAAGUACCGACAAUGACAGCAAUGACAGCCGGUCUGCCUUUGUUGCUACUCUUACCAUUUCUAGCUUUUGCAGUGAUGCCCAACUUCCUCUGCCGUAUCCUUGCAAUCUUUGUUUGCAGCAUGGGUCAAUGGAUACUGUGCUCCGUCAUGGACAUCAGACAUGUUUUGACUGCACGCGAGUGGAUCUUUUCUGCAGGCAUAUACGUGGCUUUCAUGACACUGAUCGCUGCUGUGGCUCGU